UAUUAUUAUUAUUAUUAUUCUCCUUCUUCCAUCCUUCCUUUCCCAUUCAUACUUCCAUUGAAUUAGCUGAGGCAGAAGAAGAAGAAGCAGAAGAAGAAGAAGCCUCGUUCAUUUGUUCCUUCCCGCAAUAAUAAUAAUACAUCCAUCCAUCCAUCCAUCGAAUUGGAGAUCCACACCAUAUCCAUGUCUGAAGAAGCUCACAACAACAAUAAUAACAAUACACAGACAAAGAUGGUGAAGAAGAAGAAUCAGAGCAAAUUAUGUGAAGAAGAAGCAGAAGCAGAAGCAGCGUACUACCGUGUAGUCCAUAAACUUCCUCGCGGCGGCGGCGACACUCCUUAUGCCCGAGCUAAGCAUUUCCAGUUGGUGGAGAAGAAGUUGGAAUGGGCGGCGGUGUAUUUCUGGAAGGCGAUCGAUGCGGGCGACAGAGUGGACAGCGCGCUCAAGGACAUGGCGGUGGUGAUGAAGCAGCUGGACCGCUCCGAGGAAGCCAUCCACGCUGUUAGGGCUCUCAGGGGCCGCUGCUCCAACCAGGCGCAGGAGUCGCUCGACAACCUCCUCAUCGACCUCUACAAGAAAUGUGGGAGGGUGGAGGAGCAGAUCGAGCUGCUGAAGCAGAAGCUGCGGAUGAUCGGGCAGGGCGAGGCGUUCAACGGGAAGCCUACCAAAACGGCGCGCUCGCACGGCAAGAAGUUCCAGGUCACCGUCAAGCAGGAAGCGUCGCGGAUCCUGGGGAACUUGGGGUGGGCGUAUAUGCAGCAGGCCAACUACAGGGCGGCGCAGGGCGUGUACGAGAAGGCGCAGGAGAUGGAGCCCGACGCAAACAAGGCCUGCAAUCUGUGCGUGUGCCUCCUGAGGCAGGGGAGAUACUGCGAGGCGAGGCGGGCGGCGGGGGACGUGCUCAAAGGGAGUCUUCCGGGGUCGGAUGAGCCCAAGUCGAGGGCCCGAGCUGAGGAACUCCUCAAGGAGAUGGAGAUGGAGAUGGACGAAUUGUCGUCGAUGGGCUUGGAAGAAGAUGGGUUCAAUGGCAGCCUGGAUCAGCAGCAGCAGCAGCAGCAGCUAAUGAGCAGCAAUUGGAAGGGAUCAAGAAGGCUGCCCAUUUUCGAAGAGAUCAGUUCAUGGAGGUGGUCAGAUCAACUGGCCUGCACCUGACCUCAAUAUAUAUAUAUAUAUAUACUGUUCAUCAUUACUACUACUAUUUUAACUAAUUCAAUUCAAUUUUUAGUUUAGUUUUUGCAA